CUAUUUCAAGUCCCAAGUAAGCUCUCAUCAACGAUCCCAAACCCAUCAUUUCGCACCAUGCAUCAUCAGUAAAAAGAGAAAAAAAAAACUUUAAAUAAAUAUCACGAAACCACACCCCUACCCCUGCAAACCCGUAACCUAAUACUUGAAAAUAUUCUCCAAAGAAUCUUGACAAAAAAACCAUACAUUGAAUGUACCAAGAAACCACCCUCCCGAUCAGAAAAAGCCCCAACCAACCUCACCCACAAGCACCAACCACAAUGUCCACCCAGCAGCAGCACAAGCCCUCGACCGCCGAGGCCGUCGCCGCCACCGCCGACCUCAGCGACGCCCUCGCAUCCCCAACCGCCGAGAAGCAGCACCCGGAGCUGCAGCAGGCCCCACCUCAGACCGAGUGGAAACCCUCUCUCGGCCGCCGACAGAGCUACGCCAAGGAGGAGCACAAGCGCUCGAUGCAGAUGAGCGCGCUCGGCGGCGACAACAACUCGGGCGGCCAGGGUUUCACUGAGAAGUCCCAAUAAAUCAACCAAAUUGGCUGCUGUUUGUCUUUUUCACUCGAAAAGCCAUGCAGGAAUCCGCACACAACAAAUGUGAAAUGAGAAAUGAACAGGCAAAUGCAAACGACAGACUUGUUGUAUGGAAUUGUGGUGCUUGGGCUGGGUUUUGGGAGUAAUAGGAAGAUAGCUCGGGGUCCGUAAUGACACUCUUUUUAUCUCUUUCUUACUUUUUCGCCCUCCAAUAUCUUGAUUUGCAGUUAUAAAAUGGCAGAGCUCGGCAGCCUUUGCGAUCAUGCUUUGCAUUGCUGUGACAUGAACCAAAACUGGUAUUUCUGAUAGGAAGAAUGCGAGGCCUUGAUUAACAUUGUACGAAUGCGUCCGGUCUUCCAAGAUGAUGCGAUACUCUACGAAAACAUACCACAUCAAUUUUACGCAACGUCAAG